CUUUGCUGGGGGCAGGAAGCUGGGCUCCUGGCCUAUGCCAUCUUUUCUUGCUGCCACACCCUUUGCUCCUGCCUCCUUUCCUGGGAUCCUGGAGAGCCUGACUCAGAUCUCAGCCCGUUAGCAUGAAUCCCUGCGGAGCCAGCCUGCUCUUGGCCCUGCUCACAGUGGCUGCAGCGCAGAUGCCUUCAGUCCCGGACUCUCACUGUGGGCCCCUGUCCCUGCCCCUGCUCGUGGGAUUCGUGGCCGCUGACGCCUUGGUGACCCUGCUCAUCGUGGGAGCCGUGUUUGUCUGUGCUCGGCCCCGGAGGGCCGCCCAGAAAUCAGAGAAUAGCAGGGUCUACGUGAAUAUGCCGGGAAGAAACUGAGCCCCCCGGGACCCCCGCCAACCCACACCCUCUUCGGAGAACCCUGGCAUCCCACCCAGCCAAAGAUGACUUGCCCCCGUACCGCUUUCAUUGUAGACUCCUCCUUUGCUCCAGAAAUAAAGGAAGUCAUUGUUACCCACA